AUGGUGAAAUCCUACUACAAAUUCGAGCACUCGAAUACGUUCGGGCUCGUUGCCUCAGCGUCGUCCAAUGCCAUCUGGGCUAAGGAUGAGCAGAUUGCAGGUGCGGCCCGUCAGACAGGUGCCGGUCGCGCAAUUGUCGGAGCUAGCGAGGAAGUUCUUUGCUGGGAUGUGAAGAAGGGAGAGUUAUUGGGCCGGUGGCGCGACUCAGUAUGCAAAGUUCCAGUCACUGUUGUCACCCAGAGCAAGGUUGAUGAAGAUAUCUUUGCCGUUGGUUAUGAAGAUGGCAGUAUUCGCGUCUGGGAUUCUCGUACCAGCACCGUCAUUAUUUCCUUCAACGGUCACAAAUCCGCCAUCACUCAAUUAGUCUUCGAUAAUGCUGGAGUGCGACUUGCCAGUGGUUCCAAGGACACCGACAUCAUCAUCUGGGAUUUGAUCUCCGAAGUAGGCCUUUUCAAGCUACGCGGCCACACCGACCAAAUUACCUCCCUCCACUUCCUUUUCCCUUCACCGGAAUUACUACAGUCCUCCGGACUUGGUGAUCACGCUGGUUUCUUGUUGACAACCGGCAAGGAUGCCUUGAUCAAGGUAUGGGAUUUGGCAUCUCAGCACUGCAUUGAGACACAUGUAGCACAGACAAAUGGUGAGUGCUGGAGCUUGGGCUUGUCGCCUGACCAGGGCGGCUGUAUCACUGCAGGAAACGAUGGAGAGCUGAAGGUCUGGUCAAUUGACGAGAGCGCCAUGGUCGAGAUUUCGAAGGAAAAGGUGGGCGCAGAGGGUCAAAGAAUUCUCACAGACCGAGGAACAUUCUACCGCCAUGGUAAAGACCGCACAAUUGGCAUUCGAUUCCACCCUCGCUUGGACUACAUUGGUGUCCACGGGUCAGAAAGGUCAGUCGAGAUUUGGCGCAUUCGUUCCGACACGGAAGUGCAGAAGAGUUUGGCGCGAAAGCGCAAGCGCAGAAAGGAGAAGGAGGCUCAGCGCGAGGGUGAAGAAGAGAAGGCCUCCACAGUUGAUGCAGACAAGCCUGAGGAUGUUUCUUCGGCUCCUAUCACAGAGGUCUUUGUCUCGCAUGUCAUUGUUCGAACCGGUGGAAAGGUCCGUUCCUUCGAUUGGAUGACAAACAAAUCAAGCAGUCUGAACAUUCUUGCUGCGACUACAAAUAAUCAGUUGGAGUCUUACAGCGUUGUUCCGGCAAACAAGAAGAAGGACGAGGAUGACUCCGAUUACACCCGCAACUUGGCCGUGGAUAUUCCCGGUCAUCGCACAGAUAUUCGGUCCAUUGCUCUGAGCUCUGAUGACCGCAUGCUCGCCUCCGCAUCUAAUGGCAGUCUCAAGAUCUGGAACACCCGCACAGAAACCUGCCUACGUACUCUGGAGUGUGGUUAUGCGCUCUGUUCCGCCUUCCUUCCUGGUGACAAAAUCGUGGUUGUUGGUAACAAGAACGGAGAACUCGAAGUUUUUGACAUCGCUUCCUCAACAUUACUGGAUACGAUUAAGGCUCACGAUGGCCCACUCUGGUCAAUUCACGUGCACCCGGAUGGCAAGUCUAUUGUCAGUGGUAGUGCCGACAAGACAGCGAAGUUCUGGGAGUUCAAGGUUGUCCAAGAGGAAAUUCCCGGUACCAAGCGUACUACUCCUCGCCUCAAGUUGGUUCACACAAGAACCCUGAAGGUCAAUGAUGAUAUCCUCAGUCUCCGAUUCUCCCCAGAUGCGCGAUUGCUCGCUGUGUCUCUUCUCGACAACACUGUGAAGGUCUUCUUCGUCGACUCGCUCAAGCUUUUCCUUAACCUCUACGGCCACAAGCUUCCCGUUCUGAGCAUGGAUAUCUCUUACGAUAGCAAAUUGAUUGUCACCUGCUCAGCUGAUAAGACUGUCCGAUUGUGGGGUCUGGACUUUGGUGAUUGCCACAAAUCUCUACUGGCCCACGAGGACAGUGUGAUGUCUGUCGCAUUUAUCCCCACCAACAAGGACCAAAACGGACACAACUUCUUCAGCGCGAGUAAAGACAAGGUUAUCAAGUACUGGGACGGCGAUAAAUUUGAGCAGAUCCAAAGACUUACCGGUCACCACGGAGAGAUUUGGGCUCUGACUAUCAGCCACACUGGUGGCUUCCUUGUCAGUGCCAGUCACGACAAGAGCAUUCGUAUUUGGAAGGAAACCGAUGAGCCACUGUUCCUGGAGGAAGAGCGGGAGAAGGAGAUGGAGGAGGCCUACGACAACACUCUUACCGCAUCUUUGGAGCAAGACGAGGACGGUGAAGAUGGUGAGAAGGCCGAGGCCGUUGAUGCUGGUAAGCAGACUACAGGCACACUUAUGGCCGGAGAAAAGAUCAUGGAAGCCCUAGACCUUGGCAUGGAGGAUCUUGAACUGGCGGCAACCCCCCCUAACCGCAACCCACUUUACCUUGCCUUUGGCAACAUCUCCGCCGAGCGACAUGUCCUGAACACCGUUCAAAAGGUCCCUGCUGCUGCUUUGCAAGAUGCUCUUCUGGUUUUGCCUUUCUCAAAGCUUCCUGCUCUCUUCACAUUCCUCAACAUCUGGGCCGAGCGUGAAUGGAACGUGCCUCUUACCUGCCGUGUCCUCUUCUUUAUGCUGAAGACUCACCACCGCCAGAUCGUCGUAAGUAAGAUGAUGCGUCCCAUGUUGGAUAGUAUUCGAGCGGCAUUGCGUCGGGUCCUCACCCGCCAGAAGGACGAGAUGGGCUUCAAUCUCUCUGCGCUGCAGUUCAUUGGCAACCAGAUCCGUGAAAAUAGCACGAAGAAUUACAUUGAUGAGGAGAAAUGGACAGAGCCUCAAGCUCAGAAGGGAACAGGCAAGAAGCGGCAAUUUGUGAGCGUGGCAUGA